AUGGUCAUGGAUAAACGAGUAAAAUCGAUCCUUCCAAAACCGUCCCAGAGCCCACAAACGUCACUGCCCGUGGCAGCACUGGACCGGAAAAGGAAGGCAUCGCUGGUGGAGUUGGCCACGACCAGAAUGGGCGCGCAGUCGCCUCCGAUUCCUUCCAAUCUACUGGAUUCGUACGUGGAAGUAAAGACCGAAGACAAGGCAUAUUCGUCUGGAAGUGCUCCGAAGAAGGUGCGCCCCGUGACUAGCUGUACAUUUUGCCGUCAACAUAAGAUCAAGUGCGAUGCGUCGCAGAACUACAAUAACGUCUGUCUGAGAUGUAUGAAGUUGGGACUCAAGUGCGAGAUCGAUCCUGAAUUCAAACCGAAAAAGGGUUCCCAAAUACAAGUUCUCAUUGGCGAUGUCGAAGACUUGAAGGCGAAAAUUGAACUGCUAACUAGAAACGAACAUUUACUCACUCAGGCGUUGAACCAACACAAUAUGAAUUUCAUGCAGCAGCAAGCAAUGGCCGCAACAGCAGCCACAGCAUCUUCCCAACAGCUUCAACUGCAACAGCUGAACUUUAAUUCUCCAUUCCCGCUUCCGUAUGCGCCCAAUAGAACGCCCAGCCACACCUUGGAUAUGCUGGGCCCGGUGCAAACCCCAAACUUCGCUGGCAAUCAUAGCGCCUUCAGUCCUCUUGUAGGUACACCCAUGAAUAUGAUUGAUAAUCCUGCCAAGUCUGCAGUGACAGGCUUGCGUCCAGGUCUAGCGGUUGCUUCUUCGGAUACUGCUCCUUCGGGUCAUAUGAGCGACACAAAACUACGAGACGAGGAGACUCCUGAAGCAAUGCAACCAAACCUCAAGCAAUACUCUGAAUUUGUUUUGGGUGAUGUACAGAUUCCAUUGCAGAAGGCUGAUCAGCUACAUUAUGUGUUCAUGACCAAAUUCAAUCCUUUUCUUCCCAUUCUCAGUUCCAACAGUGCCACAGAGCUAUACAAUAAUUCUCAGCUCCUUUUUUGGACUGUUAUUCUUACUGCUUCACUUUCAGAACCAGCUCCGACGCUUUAUCAAUCGUUAGCUUCACUCAUUAAACAACUUGCCAUCGAAACAUGUUGGAUCAGAACUCCGCGCUCCGCCCAUGUUAUCCAGGCUUUAAUCAUUCUUUCAAUGUGGCCUCUUCCAAAUGAGAAAGUUCUUGAUGACUGCUCAUACAGAUUCGUAGGGUUGGCAAAGAAUUUAUCUCUACAGCUUGGAUUGCACAGAGGUGGCGAAUUUAUUCAAGAGUUUAGUCGCACUCAGGCAAGUUUAGGCCCUGAUUCUGACCUCUGGAGGACUAGAUCGUGGCUUGCUGUGUUUUUCUGUGAUCAUUUCUGGUCCUCGGCUCUCGGUUUGCCUCCCUCCAUCAAGACGACCGAUUACUUAUUGGAAAACGCCAGAGUCGAUGAUGGAUUACCAUCAAGCUUUCGGUCUUUGAUCUCAUUGUCCAUUUUUCAGUGUAAACUAGUCAACGUGAUGGGUAUUUCGGUCACAAGAUCCGAUGGUUUGCUUGAACCACUGAAUAGAGCUGCUUCUCUCAAUAUUCUUGAUCGCGAGCUUGAAAGAUUGAAGUUUAAGCUUAGUGUUCCAGAAGGAUCAGCAGUUGAGGUCUAUUAUCUCUACCUUCGUCUAAUGAUCUGCUGCUUUGCAUUCUUGCCUGGAACUCCGAUAGAAGAUCAAGUGAAAUAUGUAAGUGCUGCUUACAUUUCAGCCACGCGUAUAAUUACUAUCGUUUCUCAAAUUUUAAAUGUGGGGUCCAUAUCGUUGAUCGAGCUCCCGAUCUUUGUCAGACAAUCUGUGACUUAUUCUGCAUUCCUUCUAUUCAAAUUGCAAUUGACCAACUAUCUUUUGGACAAGUAUAUUGACAGUGCAAGACAAUCCAUUGUCACGGUGCAUAGAUUAUUCAGGAACACACUUUCUUCAUGGAAAGACUUGAAGAAUGAUAUCUCCAGAACUGCAAGAGUCCUCGAGGAUCUCAAUAUUGUUUUAUACACCUACCCAGAAAUCUUCAAUCUUAGCGACUCUCCAAACAUCACUGGAAGUAUCAUCAGUCGUAUGAGAUCCCAUUUGACUGCCUCAUUGUUUUAUGACUUAGUUUGGUGCAUUCACGAGGCGAGAAGACGAAACCAGGAAGACAAAAGCGACCAAAAUUACCCCGACAGAGUUUCGGUCAAAAAAGAAGAUGUAGGUGGUAUGCGCCCGCAACCGCUCCCCUUCUAUAAUCAAAUCACCAAGGACGAUUUCAAUACGAUCAUUACAACUACUCCCAACGGAACAACGGUGACGACUCUUGUUCCUACUGACCAAGCAUUACUGCAAGCACAAAAGCAAAGCCAAAAUAGUAACAACAAGCCAUUAGAAAUUAAUGGAAUACCUCUUUCCAUGCUUGAGGCCACUGGAAGUAUUAGAGACCUCAAUAAUGCAAACAUUGGGUCUACAAACAUGGCUGACAGUUCACUGAAUGUUCUCAAGGCUCAAAUACCAGUCGACAUGGUGGGAGCGGCGAGUGAAGCUAGCCAGCUCGCACCCACUCCAUACUAUUCGGGUAAUGAAAACGAUCCAAUGCAAAUGGGUACAAUUUCCGAACAGGGAGGUAUGGGUUCUGGAAUGGGUAAUGGAAUGGGUACUGGGAUUGCAAGUCAAUUGGAUACCUUCUUUCAACAGCAGUCGCAUGGCUGGAUGGUUAACAGCAACAACGAUGAUGAUUUCUUGGGAUGGAUCGACAUGAAAAUGGUGCAAGAGAAUAAUAAUCAAUGA